GCUGUAGGGGGAGCCUCGUUGAGCCCCGCCCCGUCCAGUCGGUGGCUGCACUGCGGAGUCAGCCGUCCUCCGUAUGCAUUCUCCUCAGCGUUAUGUCUGAGAGCGACCUACCUGACGUGGUGUGCCCGGACAUGGGCGCCGACCACUCGGAUAAGCCGAGGCUUCGGCGCUGCUAUACCGGCCGGGUGACGGUGGAGCCGGUGCUGUUCUUGGCCAUGUUUUCAAUGGCGCUUCAGGGCCCGCUCACCACCCAGUAUCUGUGGGAGCGGCUGAGUGCCGACCUCGGCUACAACGGGAGCAAGACGGAGGGCUGCACGAACAGCACCAACCCCAUGGAAAAGGAAGUGGAAUCCCUUACAUCACAUUGGAGUCUCUACCUGAACCUGAGCGGGUUACUUGUUGGCCUCUUCUCGGUGAUGCUGCUCGGCCCCUGGAGUGAUCAUGUGGGCCGGCGCUCAGUACUCAUCAUUCCAUUCAUCGGACUGGCCUUGCAAGUUGUCAUCUACCUUGUGGUCAUGUACCAGGAACUACACGUUGGCUAUUUAUUGCUAGGACGCAUUAUUGGUGGCAUCACUGGGGAUUUCAACAUGAUCCUUGCUGGCUGUUUUGCCUACAUAGCGGAUAUCACGGAUCGCCCAUCACGGACAUUCCGAGUUGCCAUCUUGGAAGCUUGCCUGGGAAUUGCUGGUAUGAUAGCCAGCAUUAUUGGUGGACACUGGCGGAAGAUGCAGGGCUACAUUAACCCUUUUUGGCUAGCCUUCGCUGUGAACAUUUUUACAGCUGCUUAUGUUUAUUUUUGUGUCAGGGAAUCGGUGAAGGACAAAAAGCCGUCCAAACUGUUUACUGUCAGACAUUAUCAGACAAUUUUCCGCCUCUUUACUUUGCCUGGAGACAAUGGCCGUCGAAGCAAGCUUUUCCUCUACUGUUUGGCUCUCCUGCUGGUGGUGACUGUUCACAUGGGGGUCAAGGACUUGAUGGUGAUCUAUGAGCUCAGCUUUCCCCUCUGCUGGGAUUCAGAUCUGAUUGGUUAUGGAUCAGCAGCAGAACAUCUCACAUACCUUAGUAGCCUGGCAGGGUUACGACUCUUCCAACUGUGCAUAGCAGAGAGCUGGGUGGCAGAGAUGGGUUUCUUGUCAAACAUCUCGGGCCUGGUGGUCUUCUCCUUGGCUGUAACUACUCAAGUUAUGUUUACAGGGUACGGCUUAAGGUUCUUCUCUAUGGCAACUACUCCAGUUAUUAGAUCCAAGCUGUCUAAACUGGUGGAAGAGGGAGAGCAAGGGGCAUUAUUUUCUGUGGUUGCUUGCGUGGAAGGAGUCUCAUUCAUCUUGGCCACCAGUAUCUUUAAUUCUUUGUAUCCAGCUACACUGUACUUCAUGAAAGGGUUCGCCUUCCUAUUCGGAGGAGUUUUGCUGCUGAUCCCGGCAGGAAUCAUUGGGUUAAUUGAAAUUUGUGGCCAGAAACCACUGUACAGCCAGUUUGCCGAAAUUUCCUGACUGCCUUAGUGCAGUAUAUUACAGAAGUGAAGAUGAAGAAUCCACUGUGAAGGAGUUGGGUUAUGGAGUGUAUGAGGCCACAUGUCGCUAGUGAUGGCUUUAUCCUCCCCAGGGACCAGAGCCUGAAGACCUUACACAUUAAACACUUUCUAUUAAUCUUUACCUCAUGUUCAGUCUAUGCUGACAUGUAGGAUGCUGACUCUGUAUUUAUUGUGUGUAAAGAUUUAACCAUCUGUGGGCCAGAUGGUCAAUGUGAGACAUCAGGUAAAAGUACCAGUCCAUAAUCCCAAAUUGGUAUUUGAAAUUGGGUGUAGUUCAGUCCUGCAAUAACCUGUGUAGUCCUAGAUCUGUCAGGAACAGCCUGACACUUGGCAGAUGCAGGGCGUUGUAGAUAAAACUUAACUUAGUGGCUUCACUGUGCUUAGUGAAGGACUUUUGUACUGAGCUCCCCCAUCCAUUUGUCACAAACCCACCUCAUAGUACUGAAGUGCACAGCUGUGUUUGUAUUGUUGCCUAAGUAUCUACAGACAAGCCAUGUGCAUGAAUCUACUGCUGCUAAGACACUUUACGUACGUGACUCUAUAGAUUGAAUUGACUUCCAUAUAUGUGAACGUACAGAUGUAGCCGAGCUAAAUUUGUCAUUGAAGCGCAUUGCUUGUGAAUCGUAAGUCUUUAAAUUAAGGUAACGCUCUAGGUAUAUCUGCAGUGUUAUGACACAUCUCAUAUUAAUAUUCUAAUAACAUAAAGCACUGUACCAAAUGACAAACCAUGCUUUACUGUAUUUUGAAAGUAAUCACUUUUUGAUUUUGAAUUUUAAUACCUAUAUUUCUACGUGUUUGUUCUAAGUUAAUGUUAUCUCUGAUGCCAGAUUCUGUAAAAUAAUGCAGAGAUUAGACAUAGCUGACUUUGAAAUUGCCUACUGUGCAAGCUAAUACAGUCUGCUUUUAUACACAUCUAUUACCCCGCAUGGCUACUUAUUAUUAAUACUGCCAAGAUACUGUCAUACAGUGUGAAACAGCCACUUCCUCUCACAGUGUAUUAAGGUGACACAUUUCUACAGUAAGAUGUGAAUGCAUUAGUGAAUAGAUUUAGAUAAGGUUAAACAAAUGCCCCCGAUAAAUAAGCAAGGUGUGUCCAAGCUGUGUUACUGUGUAAUACCGCUAUACCUUUGCCUGCUUAGUUAGUGGCUUUAAUUGUUUAAAAAUUACUUUUGUCUGCAGUCAGUAACAGUCGGGGAGGGAUGGCCAGGGGUCCGCAUGGCCCCAGGGCUGCACCACAUCUCCCUGGCAAUGUUAGCGCUUGGUCAGCUGUGUGAUUGACACACAGGGCCUCCACGCAAGUGAGGUCCAUCCUCUACUACAGCGCACCCAAAAUGUCUAAUGCCGAUUUCUCCCAACUCAGCGCAUGUGCACAGCGAUAGAGGUAGAGAGCUUUCUCACUCUGUCAGUCACAUAGCGGGCCAAAUGCUGAUGUUGCUGAAGAGAGGUGGUGCGUCGUGGGGCAUUGUUGACCCUGCCACUCCUCUCUGACUGGUACUCACUUCAGACAAAAGGGAUUUGUGAGCACAUAAAGCCACCUAUUAAGCAGCAAAAUGUUGUUAGUGAGAGUUGCGCCUCAAUGCAAGUCUAUGGGAGGGGGCUUGACAACCGUCACACCCCCCUCCCAUAGACUUGCAUUGAAGGAGAUGGGGCAUGAUGUCAUGAGGAGGCGGGGCUAUGACGUCACGAGCUCCCAGCGCCGGCUCCAGCAUUCGGAAUAGUUUGUUCCAAAUGCUGAGCAGCGGAGUACCCCUUUAAGUCUGUGUUCAGAUCAUAUUUUGAUCUCCACUUUGCAUGUAUGGUGGAAGGAGCUCCCCGAAGUACACACUUAUUGUGUAUAAAGGGUUCCAUUAAACAGGUGGAGUCUAAACGAUAAUCUUACUGGCCUCAGUUGGGCUAGUAUACAUAAUAGUAUGAGUAUACAAAAGAUAAAUAUAUUUAGUGUACAUAAGACUAUUCCAAAAGGGGGUAUUCACACUUAUAGUAUCCUGUACAUAUUCAAUGAACAGGAUUAUUGAAGCUGCAGAUGUGUUCAGUCAUUUAGUUUACAUUGAACUCUGCAGCAUAAAAACCUGCCCAUCAAAUAAACGCAGGCUCCUAUAUGUGUGAAUACACCCUAAAACUGUAUUCUGUUAGACAAAAAAUGUAUUGUACGAUAUACAUUUUUUUUUUUUUGUCUUUUUCAUUGGUGCCCUACAGAGAAGAGAUCUGAACACAGCCUUAAUAUGGAUUUAUUCCAUCCAUUGUAUGUAAUAACUCAUUCCAUUAAAUGAUAAAUAUGCACAGACUAUAUGACGUGAUAGAUAUGACUUGUACUUGUUAAACACUUGGGGGUCCAUUAGACUGGGCAACACCUUGAAGGGGUAUUCAGAUUUUUUUUAUUUUAAUAAAUAAAAGCCCAGGCUGUUGUGUGUCAAAUGGCAAACUAUACUGUACCCACCUCGCCUGAUUCAGUGUUCUGAUCCACCCCAGUGACAAUGACACCUUUUCUUACAGUGCCCACCUGAAGAAUGGGCAAUGUGACUGUAAUGGAGGAGGAGUCUGUAACCCCUUAGGCUAUGUUUAUACCUCGGAAUUUCCGUGCGUAAUUCUGCUUGGAAUGUCAGCAUGAAAGUUCUGCUGCAGCAGAGUCCCCUUGAAUUCUACGAGAUUCUGCUGCUCUGUGCACAUGGCGUAAAUUUAGUUUUCCGUGCCCACGAAUCAACCUGUUCAUCAUUUCUGCGGACACCGCACGGAAUGCAUAGCAGUCUAUGAGAUGGGGCAUUCCUGUUCGGUCCUAGCACCAGCAUAAUUAUUCUACGGGAUGUCCACACAGGGAUUUUCUGUUCGGACAUUACGAAAUGUGACCAUAGCCUUAAAGGGUACUCCACCCCUAGACAUCUUAUCCCCUAUCCAAAGGAACCCCCGCGAUCUCUACUGCAGCAUCCCAGUCAUCUUGUGCAUGUCAUACCCCCUCCCAUAGACUUGCAUUAAGGGGGCAGGGUGUGACGUCACGAUCCUCUGGCCCCUGCGGUGGGACUCCUGCGAUCAGACAUCUUGUCCCCUAGCCUUUGGAUAAGGGAUAAGAUAUCUAGGGACGGAGUACACCUUUAAGGACCUUUUACAGCAGUCACUAAAGGGGCCUUGUUAUCCUAUGCUCUGAUGUUUAUGCUGAGGUCAGUAGCAAAUGCGGCAUCUAAGGGGUUUCAGAGGUGGGAUGGUUCUCUCUGCCACUCAUAGGCAUCCCUGCAAUGUAGUAUUUUUUUUUUUGUUUGAAAUGAAAUGCAUGACAAAUAUUCUAUACUGUAAUAUACUGUAUUGCCAUAA